AUGGCCUCUAAAGAAGAAGACGACCAGGAGAAAACUACGCUGCCUGCAAGCGCGAAGGAUGCCAGCGCGGCAACAGAAAAGCUAACGAGGGGGAGGUUUACCUAUGGCCAUCUUGCGCAGCUCAAGUACAUUAUGCCCGAGGCUAUUGUCAUCAACAAGGUCCUUUUGCGCGACGACAAGACUUGCUGCAUGAAGCCGGAUCUUCAGGUGAACCUAUUGGUUGAUUCAGUUGAGGACAGCGCGAUGCAGAAGGGGGAAACCCGCUACUCUGCUUUGAGAAGGAUGUUCAGGCAGAGGCUUGUGGACUUCUUCAGGAAACAUCCUGAGGGAGAUGACAUCCCGGAGCAUGAGCUGCCGCAUCCAUUUACUCAAACAAAGUCAAGUGUGGCUCAGAGCACACCAAGAGUUGUUACUGAAGUUGUAUUUGCCGCGCCAUCACCAAGCCUGUCUGAACAGCCGGCUGUUGCACUGUCGCACAUGUCCCAGUCUUUCAAGAGAAGGUUCUCACAGAGAUCUUCAACCUGCCCUGCAACUGCCAGCAAAACCGGUCUGCCGCCAAAGGCUGAGUCUACUGCUCCAUCUCCACUGGGCAGGAAGGUGAUGCUCAGUUCUACUUCUGGUGGCAUAGAUCAUGAGUCCCAAGUGCAAGAGAAAAGUAGCAAGGAUGCUGCACUCAGGUUUGGUGUUACAGAAGGGACUCCUGCCAAGUUCGCCUCUACACCAGUGAGAUCAAUGGCAGCCACACCGAAUCUUGAGACCCCACUGAGGCCAAUAUCUGCUACUGUGUGUGACACACCACCUCUAAAAACGGUCAAGCGAUCAGCUAGAGCCAAGUUAUUCAUGACACCUACAAAGGAUGCAAGCAGAAUGGAAGAAGAGAACCAAAGCAUGAGCAGCACAUCUCCAAGCGAUGGCGAUGAUGAGUUGCUCGGUUUCCUUCCAAAGUCCCUCUUGCAGUCGGUAAAGGAGAAGGAGAAGAGAACUUUGGAGGAGAAGGAAACAGGCUAUGCGGACCAGGUUCAGCGGCAGAAGCUCAUAUCAUGCCUGCCAAGCACCUUUGACAUCAUCUUCCUUAUCUAUCAAUCGAGGCAGCGAACUGUACUGACAAAGGAGGAGCUCAUCCACAAGAUAAUCGAAAGUAACCCGAAGAUCGUUGACAAGGGUGAAGUCGAAGAGCAAGUGAGACUGCUUCUAGAGUUUGUCCCAGAGUGGAUCUCUGAGAAGAUUGCAAGAAAUGGAGAUGUUCUUUGCUGCAUCGAUACGGCACUGAGCCAGUUUGAGGUUCGACAAAGGUUGUCUGGCGUCGAGUAG